AAAAGCCCAAAGCUGCCUUGGACUGCAGUAGCCCGGCAUCCGCCGACGCACCGUGUGUACCGUGAGCAACCCCUCGUGGCCUGCCAUGGUACGCUGACAACGGUGUUAGGCAACCACUCCCGCGCCACCGAGUGAUUCCGCGGAAUUAAUGUGUCAAGUAUGAGGACACUAAUUGGUAAGAUCAUGACUCUGGAGCAAUAAAUAUCCUCGGAGCUUGAGAAAGUAGAAUAAGUGAAGGUGGCGAUACUUGUUUAGUGUUAACCAACCCGUUAUAAAGUAGUCGUGCUAAUUGUCAGAUCAGACAAAUGUGCUUAGUCGAUCUGCUUAGUGUUAGAUAAAAUAUGUGAAGAGCCCUGAGGGCUGUUUUGUGGUGUGCUCCGAGGACUACCAAGUUUAAGAUACAAAAUAACAAAAUAAAUACUGUUAUGAUGAUGCGGGGGAACAGGAAGAGGAUUAAUCAGAUGUCGGGCGUUUGACGUUCGUUAUAACUAAAAUUAGGAAUAAAUAUCGACGAGUGUUAAGAAGCAUCAGCCGCAACCACUGCCCCCGUUCACCAAGAUGGCGGACGAAAAAGACCAGACGUUUUUAGAGAAGCUGCUGUUCUACACAACCGCGUUCUUCAUCCUCCUUGGCACCUUCAGCCUCUUCGCCUUCCUCUUCUUGGUCCCCUUCGUCAUCGACCCCGCCUUCACCACGAUCUUUAUGGAUUUUGACACACGACCGGCCGAGUGUGUCACCAUAGAUGUUGAGUCACGUAGAGGUGCUAGCAACUGCUCGUGGACCUCGUGUAGAGAAGGUUGUACCAAGGAACUUUACGAUUGUACGCAAAUACGCGUUAAUUACAAACUACCAGUUAAUGAAACUCAGUUAGAUGGGACCGACAGGGAGGGCAGGGCGGGAGGAGGUGUCGAGGGCGACGAGGCCGGGUACAAGUCGAGAUAUGAACGUUCACCGAGGGAUUACAAUAAUUACAUCGAGGAUUUUGACGACGAGUUUGAUGAAGAUGAUAUUGAUAAUAGACUGCCAAAACCUUUUCCUACAGGUCUGAUGGGCAACGAUUCCGAGUGGUAUUUCACUGGUGCUAAAUUAUUUCCCAAUGUAAAAGGCUGUGGAUACCCUCCAAUACUCAAUUGCAGUAUUUUUUACAAACAGUACACUAAAAUAGGACAUAAUUUUAGUUGUUACUAUUCUAAAAUAGAUCCUGGGAUCGUAUUGAGUGACCUUGAUAUGUGGCAGGUUUAUAUGAACCUAGUGCUUGCGAUGGCAAUACCAAUACCGUCUUUCAUUAUUUCGGUGAUAUAUCUCACCUUCGCCUACUUCAAAAUUUACAACGAAGACGAACAGAAUUUGGUGGACAAAAACAGCGAGGGAGGCGAUAGCGGCGUGGUGGGUGACAAUGAGAAUGCCACGCCGUUUCCGCCCACGAGUGGUGCCGUCACCCCCGGAAGCGAGGCCUUCAGAGAAGACCUCGCGAGUUUCGGGCACCAGCUAAAGGUCGCGAUGGCUGACGAGGUCAGCAGAGAGAGUCUUGAUGGGAUACCCAACUCUGUUUCUACUCAGGGGAACUUGAGCAAGAUGAUGACGACGAGUAUCUUAACUCCGGUUGGGCCGACAGCGGCAGUUUGAAACGACAAUUUCAAGGAUUGAACAACAUUUCAUGGAAGCCCAAAUAGAUAAAAAAAAAAAAAGUAUAUACAAUACAAUACAAUAAAAAGCAGCCGAUUCAAAUCCGCGGACAGUGAAGAGGAUCAACAAAAUACUUGGCACAAGUAUAAUUUAUUGUUUCCUUUGUACGAAGAUACUUAUCGCGGUGAUAAAGAUUUAAUCGGAAACCACUUUAUUGUAUUCUACACAUUACGGAGUGAACCAGAAAAAAACUUAACUUCUGUAUCGGGGAAAUAAAAAGAUUUAGCGCAUAUAAUAAAAAUAAUAAUAAGUUAUCCUCCGUUAUCUGUCUGUUAAUCAUACGGGUAAAUAUGAGAAACAUAUUGGACUUUCAACGAAUUUUUUCAAAGUUAUGAACGAUUACAAUAAAGACAAGGUGAUAUUCGUUGAGUUUGAGGAGUUAAAUAGGAUUUGACGUUAAUAAUUGUUUAAAUAAAUAAAAUCAACUCUGGUUCACUCUGAUAUUAAAUUUUAUAAGAGUGUAUGAUUUGCAGUACUGAAAAUCACAUUUAAUAAAUGCUAUAUAAAAAAUAAAAUCUAAAUAAUUAAGUGCAUAAAUGAUAAAUAAUGUUAAAAAUUAUUAAAUAAAAAAAUUUAAUAAUUCGCUUGUUGUGGGAUCAUAUGCAUUCAUUCAGCGUUGCAUCUUAGUAUCAGAUAGGUAAUAAAUUUAUCAAUUAAAAAUCGCUCCACGCCAACAAAAUUUAUGGAUAAUUAAAUUUAAAUAAAUAAAACAAUAUAUAAGACUAAAAAAAAAUUAACGGCAAAUAUUGAUGUAAUGCUCAUUACUUGAAACAUUAAAAAAAAAACAGUCCAUUAUUUUAUUUUAUUUAAUUAUUCUGAUGCAAAAAAAAGUAAACAAAUUACCUAAUUGACUUUCCCAGCCGUCCAAUUAAUUAAUCAGGCUGUCAUUUUUAAAUCACUCGUGUACAUUUGUGUGAUUUGGUAAAAUUAAUACGCGUAAAUGUUUUUUAUUUUUAUUU